CCGGGCAUUUUCAAAAUGUCUGUUAUCAAAUUUUCAGUUUUCGAAUUCUUCAUAUUUUCUCCAGUUUUUGUUAAACAACAAAGUUAUUCUUCAAUACAUAUUGAGCGGAUGAACAAACGAUGACUGAAGUUCCCAGAGAAGUACGAUUUCGGGACCUGUUUUCUUAUUUAAAAGUAGAAUCAAGCAGCGAAGAGAAUGAUUUUUCCCCAAAAGCUUCUGGAUCAACUUCAGAUUCACAGUGCUCAGAAUGUAGUAGUGAGAGACCACGGCCAUUUAAAGUGACAAAAACUGACUUUUCACAUGACACAGGACAGAAGGUGUAUAAUUCCUCUACUAUCCACAAGAAAGUGAAAUCAUUGUAUGACAAUGAUGAACUCAGUGAUGUCAAACUCAUGGUUGGCCAAAAAGUGUUUCAUGCACAUCGACUUAUUCUUGCUUCCUCCAGUGAUAUUUUCCGUGUUAUGCUCACAAAUUCAAAGUGGAUUGAGUCACGUCGUGACAUCAUACCACUACGGGAGGAAGAGGAGUGUGCCGGUGUCUUCGAACAUUUCUUGAAAUAUAUGUACACAGGAUCUAUCCAGCUGACCCAUACUAACGUCCUUCCACUAUUGAUCCUGGCUGAUAAAUACAUUGUGAAGGAUCUAGCAGACCUAUGCACUAACUACAUGUGUGAACAUAUUGUAUCUACAGUAGAGCUAAACCAUGCAGUGUCCUGGCUCCAGUAUUCGCAAAGAAGUUUCCACGUUAAACUCACUGAAGCAUGUCGUUUAUUCAUCCUGCAUAAUUUUCAGAAAGUAAUAUCAACCAGUGAUUUUUGUGAAAUGGAUAUCGGGACAUUGGUUAAUUUUCUCAGCAGAUCAGACUUGAUUAUCCCCGAUGAGUUUGUGCUAUAUUGUGGUGUGGUAUAUUGGAUUAAGUGUCAGAAGGAAAACUACGAUGAUGAGACAAUGGGCUCAAUUGCUAAAGAAGCCCUAUCAUAUGUGAGAUUCCCUAUGAUCCGCCCUAUGCAACUUCUCAAGAUUCAAACCAGUAGUCUCCCAAAUACUUGCCAACAAUUCAUCCAAGACAAGAUCUCCAAUGCCUUUCAGUUUCACUCAUUGGAAGUUGAAGAACGGAGAAAUAUCUCUAAUAGGCGUGGUCCUCAAGAGCAGUACCUGGCAAGACAUUACACUAACGAUCAUUGGAGUAUGUCGAUGGAAAUUAAUCGCUUCCGAAACUUACCCAAGUAUUAUACCAGAUCUAUUCUAUUCUCAAGUCCCAUCAGUGGUUCCAAGGCUGACGAUCAUAAAUGCGUUGAGUGGAAUGUCGAGUUUCAUCCAAAGGGUGUAUAUUUCCCACCAUGCAUUCUGAUUGGUUGGCAGGGAAAUUUAGACGUAAGUGACAGUGCAUUUGAAACAGUUCGACUUUCUGUAAAAACAAAAACUACAACUGUUCAACGUGCUGAAGUUGUCUUCAUGGCCACAGGGGUUCAAGACGGAGUAGAAUAUAUAAAACAGGUUGUCUCAAGGCAAUGUAUAUUUGACCUAGAGACCCAGAUCUACAAUUUGGACGAUGUUAUCCCUUACAUUGAACUCAAUGGAAGAUCGCCCCCAUAUCUAUGUGGGGAAGACAGGGACACUUUAAAGUUCACUAUAAUGAUCAAAGGGAUUUAAAUUGCUCCAAGUGAUGCUUGAUAGAGUUGUACAAUCCUAUGCAAAUUGUAACUUACCCCUGUAACCAAAUGAGAAUUACAUUGAACCCAGUUGAUAACAUGUAUUUAUAAAGUACAUUUGCAUUCACUUGAGUUAAAAUCAAUUUUUACUUUUAGUACAGAAAGACAUCAAACUCUAAUUGUUGCAAUUUUGCUAUAAUCUGUUGCACUCUAUGUAAUAAUUAACCAAUGAGGAUUGGCUCCCAGAGUGCAACAUCGAUAUUCUGUUCCAAAUAUGGAGAUGUCGUGAUACAAAAUUUGAAUUCAAACGGCCACC